AUGUCGCUUGCUGGAUCGAUUUUCGCCGAGCGACAAGGCAAAGCAAAUGACUUUAUGCUUGAUGAAAUGCACCGCCGAAGGGUUGAGAAGGAUAUUGCUGAUCUGAAGAAACUCAUCGAUCAACAUUUCGAGCAGCGAAAAAAAGACGAAGAAGAUUUGGAAGCUCGGGAAGCUCAGCUCGCGCUAGAAAAGGAGAAGCGAGAAGCGAUCGAGAAUCGAAGAAAGCAGGAAGAAGAGGAGAGGAAAAAAGCGACGAUGGCGGCGAUUCAGUACGCUACUUCCAAUCCCAAAAAGCGGCUUCAGAAGAAAGGAGGAAACAAGCAGGAAAAGAAAAAAGUGCUCGCUGCUCGGCGAAAAAACGGCAAUAUCGACCACCUUUCCGGCGCCCAACUUGCCGAAAAAGCGCUAGAAUUUUUCAACCACUUUUCUGAAAUCAACGAAGACAAAUACAACCUCGAAAUUUUGCUCGAAAAACAUCAAUACAACCUGAAGCUUUUGCGACAACGAGUUCACGAUUUGGUCGGGCGACAGAAUAAAAUCAACACGCGAAAAUGA